CAGUACAUCCAUAUCUUCCUCAAACACGUUGAAAGUAAAUCAGUGCCCUCUGUUGGCAAAACAAAUUAUCGUCCAACUCUCCGUGUCCCACUCCCUUCUGCCGAACGCCGCGGAGUGCUUGCGAACCCUCUACGUAAGCCGUAGAGAACUUGGACAGCAGAAAAUACUCAAUUCUGGGCGAAAAAGUAAAUGUGUGGAUAACAGCUAAUCGAACCACAAGAAAAAAGGAAAUAAAUCUUCCACUGAAUUCAUUUUCUCCUGUUGCAGCUAAACACAGCGAUCUCAGAACUUUGCGAUGUGGGACAACUAGAAGGACGUGAAUUGGUUCACUUCACUUUUCUGUUGGCUAUUUUUCUUAUUUUGUCUGAACUCGGAAGAACUGAACCCCGGCAGAGGACGGGAAUCUGUCGGUGACAAUUUGAAGAAAUUUUUUAAAUAAGCAGACUAAACUGGAAAGCUGAUAACUUCGAUGUAUGUGUUUUGAGGGGAAAGUAGUGGCAAAGACAAGAAAAAAAGGAAACACAGAUUUAUGAAACAUUACCGCUCUGCUUUCUCUCUCUGCGUGUUUACAGAAGGCUAACGAACUAUGGCGAAGAAGUACGACUUCCUAUUUAAAUUAUUGUUAAUCGGAGAUAGUGGGGUCGGCAAAACUUGUUUGAUCAUCAGAUUCGCGGAGGAUAACUUCAAUUCCACAUACAUAUCAACAAUUGGAAUCGACUUCAAGGUGAAGACGAUCGAAGUUGAGGGGAAGAAAGUGAAACUGCAAGUCUGGGAUACCGCAGGCCAGGAGAGGUUCAAGACCAUCACUACAGCUUACUACAGAGGGGCUAUGGGCAUCAUCCUGGUUUAUGACAUCACUGACGAGAAGUCCUUUGAGAACAUUCAGAACUGGAUGAAAAGCAUCAAAGAGAAUGCCUCAUCUGGGGUCAGUCGGAUGUUGCUGGGGAACAAAUGUGACAUCGAAGCCAAAAGAAAGGUAUCCAAGGAGACGGGAGAGAAGCUUGCAAAGGAUCAUGGGAUUCGGUUCUUUGAGACAAGUGCAAAGUCCAGCAUUAAUGUGGAGGAGUCCUUUAUCGCCCUGGCACGAGACAUUCUCCUGAAGUCAAGCAAGAAACAGGGUCCUGGGGGUCAAGAGGUGCAUCUGACUCCCACUGUGAAGAAAUCUUCAAAAUGUCUUUUAUUCUGAACUGGGCUAAGAGGGGGGUCAUUACCAGAUGGGUAUUAACGGAUGAGGGCCAUAUAGGAACAGUGUUACACCAAGGAGAGGUUUUAUAAGGGAGAAAUGUCAAGUAGGGAAGUAUUAUGCAUGUGGGGAAGUUAAGGGAAGUUUCUUGAAUGGAGAGGUUAAGUAGGAUGAUGGCUUCCAUGUGUAUGCAACAUACAAUCUGAUUGGUUGGCUGGGGUGCUCAUGAUGGCCACCACGGCGCUUACACAGAAUCACAAUUUGGCUACACUACAGAAGCACGCAUUAGUGAAAAGACACAGCUGAAUAAACAUCAGCAUAAAAGGCUGAGUACUUAUAGCUGGGUCAGGUGAAGACCUGUGGCACCCGCUUGUGGAGGACUGUAGUCCAGAAGGUGCUGACUUCUGUGCGAGCACUUCAUUACCUGAUUGAAUUCGCUUUCUGUUUCAUUUAACCGUUUCAAAUUUUCUGCUCAUGAGAGGGCGCUUGAUGGCUGGAAAACUUGCUGGACUGCAGCCUUCCAUGAACGGAGACUGUUGUGGCCACAGAGAAUGUGACGGAGAACACACGGAAAUGUUUUUGGAGAUACAAGACCAGAAUAGAGGGAUGACGGGAAGAAGAAUAUAAAAGUGGGGCUGAGGGAUAAAGUCAAGAAAAUGGAGGAAGAUGUAUGCUGAAAAGGUGCCUGGAAUCCUGACAUUGACUGACCAACGGACUGACUGACUGACUGACCGACCGACAGACUGACUCACCUGUUGUAUAUCUUUCUCAACACUUCACAGGUUCUAUAUUUGCUGAAAACACUGCUUUUUGAGUCUCAAUGCUGCAUAAUCCCUUUGGCCAUCUGGCCCCAGCACUUUCCUGCGUGUUGUUUCUUCGUUAAUACCCCUGCCUGUCACCAACACUCCCUUUUCUUCAUAUUUUCUGCCAGUCAUUCAUUCUCAACAUGAAAACAUUGCUGGCACCUCAUUUAUUUUGUGACAUUCCUGUCAGAUUAUAUACUGUAUGAACUGCUUCGAAGAUAUGAACCAGACCGUAAAAAUAUAUAAUAAAAGAGGUGAACUAAAGGGAA